CCCGUUGCUUAGAAACAGACAUCAACAAAGCACAGCGGUUAUUGUUGCUAGAUUUAGCCAAACAUUCAAAAGUAGGUAAAGGUUGAUAGCAGCUGCAGAUACUUCCAGUCAAAUUAAGCUGUCAAAGAAGUUACCGUCCCACAAAAAAUGUCAGUGCCCUUUUCCAACACUCACCUGCGGGUCCCGCGAGGUUUUGGUACCAUCCUGGAGGGACUGGCACGUGAAAUCCUGCGAGACCAGCCGGAAGACAUCCCCUCAUAUGCUGCCCACUACUUCGAAAGUCUUCUCAAGCAAAGAGAAGAGAGUGGCAUGGACCCUGCUGAAUGGGCUGCGAAACUGGAGGACAGGUUCUACAAUAACCAUGCAUUCAAGACUUCUGAGACUAGUCCUGAAAAAGAACCACCAGCAGAGGUGACCAUUUCCAAAGAAAAAACAGAUGAGUCCCAAACUGAAGAUGAAUCAAGUCAUUCAGCAGAAGCCGCAAAUCUUUCCACCACACAACCUAAUGUCUCUGAAAAGGCUGAUUUAACUGAAAGCACAGAUGAAGAAGAAAAACUCAGUACUAAAGAGAAACACACUGUUUCUGUGGAGAAAGAACUUUCUGAAGAGCAAUCAAUCAACAGGUUCUCAAAUGCUGAUGUACAGUCAGAUGAAAUGAGUGGUACAGAGGAGGAGAAAGACCCAACAUUAACUGCACUCAAUCAAAUUGAGAGGGCAGCUAAUGAAACAGACAGCAGUUCUGUUUCCGACCAAAAUAUACCUCAGUCUGAGUUGGAGGCCACUGAUCUCUUGCCAUGUAGAGGGAUUUCAAAUGUAGAUGUAUGUGCCCAGGAGUUAGGAGUGGCAGAAGAUGAGGGGGGUGAUGAAGAAGACGCUGCAAUUGUGGAUAACAAGAUUGUAGAAGAAGAGGAAGAUACUGAAGCUGCAGAAUCUGUUGAGAUUUUUCCGUGUUCUGGCCUUGCAGAUGUGGAUGUAUGUGCUCAAGAGAUAGAUGUGGAAAAAGAUGAAGGAGAUGAUAAACAAGUAACUGCACACUUAGAUAACAAGACUGUAGAAGAAGAGGAAAACUCAGAAAUUGCAGAACCUGUUGAGAUUUUUCCAUAUUCUGGCCUUGCAGAUGUGGAUGUUUGUGCUGUAGAGCUGGGGGAAAUGGAGACAACUUUGAAAGAAGAUGCUGAAGAUGAUAUUCCUGUUGUUAAAGACGAAGAAAAUUUAAAACCUCUGCCGGAGGAAACUGUUGUAAAAUCAUCACUGUCUCAAUCUGAAAUCACUGAGGGCAACCAACAAGAGGCAGAAGAUCAGGCAAAAAAAACAAAGGAGGAAGAAGAAAUGGAGACUGAAGGUUCUUCUGGGGAAACACAUGAAAGUUUAACUCAUUUUGAGGGACGUUUUGAUGGUAAUGUUAUACCAAAGGAGGAUUCUUUGGUUGAGAUUAGCUUUGAAGAUGUUCCAGAGGCUCAGCAGAUUAAUGAGAUUGGGGAGAAACAGCCAGAGAAUGAGGGUUCAAUAGAUGUCUCACAGACUGAGAUAUCAGAAAUGCAACAUGAACAAGAGCCCAAGGAGCUUAGUGCAAGUGCAACAAACCAAAAUAUGUCUGAUACACAAGACUACCAUAAACCUGAAAUGGAGGGAGUCGAAAAGGACGUUAACUCUGAAGAGAAGGAAAUGGAAAGUCAGCAUGAGGCAAACGAUGCAAUGAAUGAGGUGGUGCAAUCAAAUGACUCCACUUUAAGUGAUAAUGAUGAUGAGGAGAAGGAAAAAGAGGUUAAAAACAUCUGCUCAUCAGAUCAACCCACCACCAAGACAGAAAAGGAGAACAAAGACGACAAAAUCGCUUGUAAAAAUGAAGAUAACGAGAAGAUAAGUGAGGACAAAUUUCCCCAGAAUCAGGAUUCUGAAACAGAGCCGCAGUCAAAUGACCCUAGUUUUAAAGAGGAUGAGAUGACAGACACUUUGGGAGGAGAUACAGAGGAAAUAUAUACAGAAGGUUGCAGUGAGAUGGAGGAUCAAGAAAUUAAUGAUGGUGGGGCAAAAAAUAAUUCAUCACAAGCAACCCAGUCAAAUACAUCAAUGGCUGGAAUGGAGGCUGAGAGUGAAAGAUUUGAGGAAAGUGCACCACUUGUUCCAGAGGAGGACGAGGAGAGUCAGAGAACACUUGUGGAGUCACAGCCAGAGGGUACAGAGGAAGAAAAAGAGGUCACAUCAAAGGGUGCAGAGGAACUUACAGAGGGAAUGAGUGAUUCUGAAGUGCACGAGAAAAGUGGCAUAAUACAGGAAGAGGAGAAUAUGAGCAUCACUCAUGAUCCAGACCAGAUGACUUCAGGCCUCCAAGGAGGGGAAAAGCCACCUGAGGCAGAAGACACCACAGUGCCUGAAGACAAGAGCAGUGAAAAGGUAAUUAUAAUUAUUCUUUUCAAUGCUGGAUAUUAAAGAUGUGUCGUCCCUUUAAUUUUGAACAUUUCGUUAUGCCUUCAAAUUAUAUAUGACCACUUUACACUGAUAAAAUAUCCCUGACUGUUUACCAUUUGGUGGCAUAACUUAAAUCCAACAGACGCUGAAUCAACUCACUUCACUUCCUCCACAUUCAUAAGCAGACUGAGGCUAAAUGUUUGAGACAGAGAUGACUUUAGGUAGGCUACAGUCUGCUCUGCUUCCAUUCCUGUCUCAGGUAGCCUAUAUAAAUAAACUCUUCAAGGACGAGCCCGAUCAACAGUGGCCCUCUUUUUUUUCCCUUCCCCUGGACUCUCUGGGGGUAUGUGAUUGAACAUAUCUCCAAAAUAGUUCAUUUUCUGGAUGACGCACGGUAGCUGUCAUCAAAAAUCACCUUAACCGAAAUGGACAAAAAUCUCUGUUUCAAAAGUUGAGAAUAAUAUCAGUCUGUGUGUCAAAAUCUGAGCCUGCACUCAGCCGCAUGCUCAUAAAAACUGUAAUGCAGGCUUUUUUAGCAUCAGAUCAACUCUCCUCUCGGGAGCCGCCGCAGCCUCCGCAGAUUGAUACUUGAUUCGGUGAUCUAUCAUCAUAAAAAACUGACGAAACAAUUUGUGAAUUAGGCCCCUAACAUCUUCACUGCUGUCACAGUUAGCCUCGUCUGAUUUGUCUGGACCAAGAGAGCUCCAAGCACACAGGGAGGGAGUGUAGGACGGGGUACUGAGACUGUUACUAUGGUAACCCCUCACCAUCCUGCGCUCUCUUAGUGUCGUCAUGGAAUUAAUAGGAGAUGGUGAUGCUGAUAGUUGCUAGGCACCCUCUGUAUCAGUAAUCUACCUUUAAUGGCAGUUUCUACCUGACUGAUUAAACAGUAAAAUUUCACUUUCUGUAUUUUUUUCAUAUUGUGCUUGCUUAAUGGUGGAAUUUAUUUCAGCUGAAAGAAAGCUACCAUAAAAUUGUACAGUAUGUAGGCCAUGUAUCCUAACAUUGAACAAGCAGCAGUAUAGCUGAUGCCUUGUCGUUUUUUUAACUUCUAUGCCUUUAACUCUGAGCUUACAAGUGCCUGCAGUGAUAUUACUGUUCCUUCAUCAUCUUAAGUGGAUGGACACUGUGUUUACUGUGUUAGAUACACUAAUGAUGGAGAUAACAUGACACUAACUGCCUAAUGAUUCAGUGCGGUAGAUUUAAUUGCACAGUGAUUAUUAUUAUUAGUGAACUGAUUGAUAAAGUCAGUCAGCUCAGUGAAAUCAGGCGUGUGCAUAACUUAACUGUUUGAAUGGCUAGCAAACCAGCAGGAGUGCGUUAAUGUCAGAGAUAUAACUCAGAUAAAUGGAUGUUUUCUGUUUCUCCUUCUCUCUCCGUCUUGUCUCUGAGGCUGGCAGAGGAGUGUGGGCGGCCAUACCAGCUGGGAUCAGAGAGAUGGAGAGGGCUGUUAGCUCACUCUGCCUCUAAUAAAUUUAUAACACCUCCUAGUGUAAAAUAGUCCAAGAUGCUUACACAGUUUUAUUUUCACACUAUUAGUAGAAUUUGAAAGUCAGCAAUUAUUGUUUUCUGACCAUCUGGCUUUUCCAUAGUAUUUCUAUGUUGGUCAUUUGUAUUUAUUUGUGGAGUUUAUUAUUGUAACACUGCAACUUGUGAGUUUUUAUGAUGCUCGAUGCAUUUGGUAGCCCCCUUUUCUGAUUCAUACCGAGACUAUGUGACUUUCUCUUGUGAAAAAAAAUGACCAGAACUUUAAAUGGCUGGAAGAAAAAAUGCGCAGAUGUGCCUGUUUCAGUCAGUCAGGUCGUCAGGUUGUACUCGGCGAAUGUUGAGGUCUGCUAAA